GAAUAGUUGGUAUUUCAACGUCGAAUUGUGACAAUUCAGAUGACAGAAUCAAACAACUGUAGUUUUGUCUACUGGGGAAAUUAUUUUCUCAUUUUGAUCCUAUUGUUCAGUUUUGGAUUCGUUCAAAGAGGACAUGAAUGUGUAAGCAAAAAGAUGAUCUGCGGCCAACGUUACAAGGCACUGAUGGUCAAUUCAUCGUCAAAUAUUGAUAGAGCGCUCACGAUCGAACACGACAACGAUUCUCUUUCUCUAAAGAAUACCACGAGACACCCAAUCACAUUAAAAUCUCUAUUCACUGAUGUCGAACUCGCUGAUGACGAUGUCGAUGCUGACAAUGGCAGUGUUUGCGGUAAAAUGCACGAAAAAUGCAAAUUCUGGAAAACAAUUGGAGGGAAAUACUUGUCUUUUGGAAAAAACAAACAACUAUUUAUAUCAAGUCAGAAACCGACAAAGUUUUUGUAUGAAAGAAUCAAUAAUGGCGGUUUUUCAAAUAUGGAAACGUUUUAUCUUUGUGCAAUCUAUCAAAACGUAAAGUAUCUUGUGUCUCCAUCAAAAGUCGUGCACAGUGUGAAACUACAAGGUGAAUGUAAACUACCAAAACAGCUCAAAAGGACAAGAAGAUACCAAUUUGUAGCUGUCUAUUUUAAUGUUUCUGAUUAUCGUUUUAGUGAUGAAAUAGACGCGUUUUGUCAGUAAUUCGUAAACGUUAGAAAUGUUUGACAAAAAUAGUGAACUCUAUAUUUUAGUUUCGUAUAGUGUACAAUUCGUUUGUCAGUGUGACAUCAGUGACUUCAGUUUUUGCUAGUUUUUUUUAUCAUGUGACUGUAUCUUUAUAAGGCUCAUCUAUAAAUCAACAUGAACUCU